AUGUCCAGCAAUCCCUCAAUGCAGGCACGCCGAAUUACCGCUAUUAUCUCAUUCGAUACCGAACCGAUGUUGUGUACUCACCGAAUAGACCCCUCUUGUGUUGUCGAUGAGCUUAGGGACUAUCUCUGCAAUAACCCCGAAGCCCGGGAUGCAUUCGACUUGGGGGUCAAAAUUGCUAUUGACAUGAAUAUACCACAGUUGAAAAAAUUUAAUAUUUACGAUUUGGAGGGCUACUUUGAGUUCUGCGAAAGCUUUCUACAUUGGGUGCCUACCGAAACCUUUGACGGGAAGAACACUCCAAUCCUUCCUACCUCCAGGUCACCCUAUACCUGGCUUUCUCAGUGGAUCAUCCGAUUUGCGAAAGCAAUGGGCAGCAACUUGGACAAGCCUGAAUCUUUAACCCCAGAAUCGCUUGAAACUUUCCGUAAUUCUCCCAUUUACCACACAACCUGUCCAUGGACACCCCGACGACCACAGUGUCAUCAUCGAGAACAACAGUAUCGUUUGCCUCAAGCACAUCCCUUGGCCUAUCCGCCAAUUGUUGGUCGGCAGCCCCUACAAAUCCAAGUUCGGCGGUGGUGCUUUCAUUCCUUCCUCGCCCCGUACGACUAUCAUCGUCUGCAUGCUCCAGUUGCAGGAGAAGUGAUAAAAGCGAGAGUUAUUCCAGGUCUCUGCUACCUCGAGGUAGACGCGACAACUGAUGGCGACAGGAAUGCCUGUCUAUCGAUGAAGCGGGCCCUUCCUGCGGCAAGGUCAGGUCCUGGAGCCCCUAAGGGCCCGGGUGGCGUAAUCCACACCGGGAGCGACAUUUUGGCUCCUAACACUCCCGGUUACCAAUUCCUCCAAGCACGGGGACUAAUCGUGAUCAAGGAUCCCGACACCGGCCUCGUUGCUGUGUUACCCAUCGGAAUGUGCCAAGUCUCCUCCGUUGUACUCACAGUUAAAGAUGGCGAUACACUGAAGAAAGGAGAUGAAAUUUCUUACUUCCAAUGUGGUUACGUGAUGCUCUUCCAGAGGAAAGCAAACGUCGGAUUCACGACCUCCCACGGUCAGCAUUAUAACGUUGGUAUCCAAGUCGCCAGGGCUUUCCCCGACGGGAUACCGCAGGAAGGCUUCAAGCCUGCUCCCAAGUGUCAUAAACAUAUCAAGCGUCCCGAGUCCGCUCUUCCUAAUGGCCACUGA